AUGAUGCAAAUUCAACGGUGCUGUAAAAGAUUCUGGCAUUCUGCAACAAUCAUAGUAGAUGAAAGAAUGCAGCAGGCAGGUAUAAAAGUGUGGGCCCUGAAAUGUGCUCAGAUUUCAGACUUGCCUAGCAACCAACAUGGUAAUUUUAAUCGGCAGCAAGUUGGUGUUUGGGGUUUGAAUCUCAAGCAUGUAGCUGGGAACUGGCGGGUAUCCUCCAUAGAUUGUGCUUCGAUAUCGUCUUCACCACGUAAGAAAGCUGUUGCAAUGGAUUACCCCUUCAAUAUGAAACAACGACAUACCGUUGAUACGUUGGGUUCGUGUAAUGGUUUGAUUUGCGUAGGUGUUUUUACCGGUAAAAGUGAACGUGAUAAGAGAAAUAAUAUAUGUAUAUGGAACCCAACAACUAGAGAAUAUAAGAGAAUACCAAUACCACUUAACGAUUUCUGUUUGAGAGACCAGUAUGAGAAUGUACGAAGAUCCCACAGAGCUAAAUAUGGUUUUGGUUACGACCGUAACUUAGAAGACUAUAAAUUGGUGCGAGUAGUGGGUUACAAGCAAACGGGUAGUUCUAAGAUUCGAUUUUAUGGUUUAGGAUCCGAUUCGUGGAGGAAUAUUCAAACAAUCCCAUACAGCUUUGAUUUUGGCAGUACUAAAUGUUCCGGUUUUCUUUUUAAUGGAGCUCUUCAUUGGUUAGGUACUGGUGAAGAAACAUCCUCUGAAGUUGUUGUGUCUUUUGAUAUUAGUAGUGAAAGAACAAUGGAUGUGCCACUACCAGAGAUGCAUGUGCCGCAACCAGAAGGCAUUGCAUUGCUUAAAACGGUAGGAGUAUUGGGAGACUGCCUUUGUUUAACUUGUGUUUUUCCUGGGCUUCGUAUCGACAUAUGGGUGUUGCAAAAUUAUGGAGCCAGAGAUUCUUGGACUAAACAAUUCACCAUUAAUCCCGACGUAAGUGAGCGCGUGCGCAAUCUAUUUUGGUGGAAUUGUUGGAAGCCUAUAUCGGUGUUUCAAAAUGGGGAAAUUCUGAUGGAUAUGCAACAGGAAUAUAGCCUUGUUUUAUGUCACCCUGAAAACGGAAGAGUAAGAAAGUUGCAAGUUCCAAACAUAUCAGGUUUGUGUAUAACAGAAAUUUUCGAGGAGAGCCUAGUUUCGCCUAAUUAUGAUACUUACAGAGGAAGGACCAAGAAUGUUGAAAAGAUCGAGCUUAUUCCCAAUAAGAAAUCGAGGAAACGACGGAGGAAGAAUUUGUUUUUCUACUUGCAUAUGUGGUUGGUUUCAUGA